CUUCCACUGAAACUAUAAAGCAGGUAUCUUCAUAGAGCGACAAUAUUCAUGUCGCUUUUCUAGAUCAUCUCUUUGCUUGAGAAUAGAGUAGAAUUGUACGAGUCUUUUUUCUCAUAAACCGAGAUGAUCAAGAAAGACAGAAGAAGACGAAGGAGGAGAACGAGAAGGAGGAGGAGGAGAAGGGGAAAAGCAAAAGCUACGAAGACGUAAAAAGAGAGGAGACGAGAGACAGAAAAAGACAGAGAAAGAGACGAAGGAAGGGAGGAAGGGAGAGACGAGAGAGAGAGAGAGAGAGAGAGAAAAAGAAAGAAAGAGAGACCAUGACAAUAACAAAGGACAAAGACGUGAAAAAGGAGGAGGAGGAGGAGGAGGAGGAGGAGAAGAAGAAGAAGAACGUGAAGCACAAGAACGACGAGGCUAGGCUCGUCGUACGUCGUCUCUGGUGCAGCUUGAACAGCUCGGGCGCGACUUUGUUUGACAGACUCCACUUCUUCCUCCGCUUCUUCUUCUUGUUCUUCUUUUACUCCUCCUCUUCUUUCAGUUCUCAUCUCUUCUUACGUUCUCCUCCUUAUUCCUUCUUGUUUCCUCUUUCCUCCUCUUCGCGUUCUGUUUCGUUCAAAGUGCAGAGCAGAAAGGAAGGAAGGAAUCUUGUUGGAGCUGCUGCUACCUUGUACUAUUUUAGAAAACUCUCGAGGAGGAAAACUACUUAAACACAGUCCAAAUUAGUGCCUAGGCGUGCGACAUAUUUAAAGGAAAAUACUCAAGAUCACGUAGAGCCACCUCAAUACUCAUGGCGUCCGACCAGACCUCGGAUCAGGUGUUCCAACUCCGGAGCUCGCAGUUUUUCUUAGCAGAGGCCUUGGAUCAACAACUAAAGGAGGAAAACUUUGUGGAUGUCACCCUUGUGUGCUUGGACAAUCUCCGGUUUCAGGAUGCUACCUUGGUUAAGGCGCAUAAGAUGAUUUUGGCUUCUUCAUCCGAAUUUUUUCAAUUAGUGCUCAAGCAGAAUCCGUGCCAGCAUCCUGUCGUGAUCUUGCCACAAGGCAUCACCCAUGACACAUUAGAGAUCAUCUUGGAAUUCAUCUACAGAGGCGAGGUCUCCAUCCCUGAGUCCAAGUUCCCGUCAGUGAUCCAAGCUGCCAAUUAUCUCAAGAUCCAUGGUCUCCGGCAAGAUGACACAGACGUGGCAAAUUGCAACAGCUCAGAGGCAGGCCAAUCCACGGAUGAGCCUCCACCGAAUUCGCACUCAUUGAAAAGAAAAUCAUCGCCCAAGUACCAUUUCAAGAACAAACGAAAGCCAGUCCAGCCUCGAAAAUUUGGAAGUGAAUUCAAAGGCUCAUUAGGGGGCAUAGAGCUUCCAAUGGAAGUUAAAUUGGAGAGUACCGAAGAUGAAGAAGAGGGCGAAGAAGAGGAAGAGGAGAAACCUAUGGAUUUCACCAUAAGGCCUUUGCAGGGACGCAAAAACGACGAGCCAACCGACCAACAGGAGUCCAACCUGGGCACAUCUCCUUACUUCAAUCUAGAGGCAUUCAAGGCAUCUCUUCGCUCAGAUCCUGACACGGACAACGACCUAGAGACACCACUCUCAACUGAGCAAUUUGAAGAGUCGCCCAGUCCCCCUGAGCCCAAAGCCUACACCAAAAAGGAUCUUAAUGAGGCGCUGGAGUCGUUGAAAUCCAAACGGAUGUCUCUUUCUCGGGCUUCCGAGGUGUACGCCAUUCCGGCCACCACUCUGUGGCAAAGAGCCAACCGAAUGGGCAUUGCCACACCCAAAAGAGAGACCAACAGCAAAAUCUGGAAGAAUGAGGACCUCACCAAUGCCUUGGACGCUUUGCGGAAAAAAGAGAUUUCUGCUAACAAAGCCUCCAAAAUCUACGGAAUUCCUUCUAGUACAUUGUACAAAAUUGCCAGAAAAGAGGGUAUCGAGUUGGCUCAGCCUUUCAACGCGGUUCAAACCUCAUGGAGCCAAGAUGACCUCAGGAAGGCCCUCAAUGCUAUUCGGAAAGGAAUGCCCGUUCAAAAGGCGUCUUCCGAGUUUGGCAUUCCCAGUGGCACUCUCUACGGACGAUGCAAGAAAGUCGGCAUUGAAUUGUCCAAAGCUGCGGCCGUUCAUUGGUCGGAAGAGGACAUGGUACAAGCCUUGAACUCGGUACAAAAUGGAACCCUCUCUAUCAACCAGGCUGCAAUUCACCACAAUCUGCCGUACUCGUCCCUUUACGGGCGAAUAAAUCGACUGAGGAAGGAGAAUCCGAGCCAAUGGCAAGGAUUCACUCCAGACCUGACUUUUGAGGCCUUCAUGGCUGCCGGUCACCAUUCAGAGGCUUCGCUUCUCUCCCUGACUCAUGCGGCCGUUCCAGACCGAGGAUUGGGACGAGGAAGCUCUAUGAUUUCAGUUCCCGAUGCCUCUUGGCGGCUAUAGUUGAGCUAUCACUUUUCUUCAGCUGCUGUCAGUUUUACCAAGGUGGCGGAGUUCUCAAGUCUCAAACCCAACCAAAAAGCCCGGGGCUAAUCAAAAUUUACUUCCGAGAUAGGUGCACCUGAAAAUAUUCUCGUUUGUGCAAUAUUAAUGCUUUCUUUGCUUUCUGCAUAUUCCAUCUCAAUCUGUCUAGCUCAUUGUUUCGCAGUGGGUAAUCAAUCAUUCAUCAUGAAUUUGGCGGGAACAUUUCGUUUAUUCUCUCUUCCGCCUACUUAACCGCUUAACUAUUUGAUACCCAUGCCCCCUCAAGGUAAUUGGAAUCCUAUAAAACAGUUCCUUCUUCUCUUGUCCCUCCACACCUCUGUGAUAUUCCAUUCUUCAAGAACCAACAACCGUUCCUCUCAUUCUCGGAAUAAAUCUCCGUUAAAUCAA